UCUACUACGAGGUUCUUCCACGGUCGAUUGGUGAUAAAACUAGAGCGAGCAUCACAGCCUGCAAUUUGAAUAUCUUCAUCAGGGUUGGACUAACAGCCUCUGGUCGCAACUAAUACAAGUCUUACCACUGACUGUCCACAGCCCCUCCGGAUUCCUUUCAAAGAGUCAUUUCUUUCUUUCUUUCUUUCUCUCUCUCAAGUCUCGGCGUCAAGCCGUUAUCUCCUACGGUCCAGUCAUUGCUCUUGGCUUGGCGUUUGGCCAUCACACACCGCACUCACAGCACCAUCACAGGCUAACUCGACCGUCAUUACGCUCUACACGUGCGAACCUGUUGUUUUAACUAGGGCAACGGGAAAAUAACCCCUAAUCACCACUCCAGCGGGCGUUGCUUUGGGAGCGAAUACUUACUAACAGCGGAGUCAUAAGCUUCCCUCCUUCAUUUCAACAGCCAUGGCUAGAACAUCUGCUGACCACCAUCCGUGUAUCGGGCUAGGUUUUCACGGCCUCUCCCUACUGCAAGCUGACCAGUACAUCUACGCAUUUGGCCCUGGGGAUAGAUAUCUCCUUGGUACUCCGAAUGGUUAUGGCUUUUCCAACCUCCCGAAGGAGAUUGUCGGCGACCUUCACACUGGCCUCAUCAACAGGAUUGUGUGGGCUUCUUUUGGUGAACAUCUUGACUCUUGGUUUGUUACUUAUGAGAUGUUGGACGGCACACAUGUCUAUCGAUUUGGUGAAGCCAUUCCGGCUGAGCUGCGCGACUUCAUCAACCUUGUCUAUGUGCCCCAACUUGGCCCUCCCCCGCCGCUUCGCGUUCAGCUUGGGGCUGGCGGAUCUUAUGUUGCAUGGUCCAACCAACUCUGGAUUUGUGACAAGAUCCCGGAAGCUCUGCGUCUCUUGCUUAAAAAUAUCAGCAUCGACGGACAGGACCCUUCUAGAGGCCUCAUCGAGUUUGGACCUCUACGAAACGUGACUUGGCACCAAAAUGGCUCUUACUUCAUAACAGCAACUCUUGCUUACGAGGAUCUGGGUACAGGUCAUCGCACCUUCUAUCGACGACACUUCUGGCAGUGGGAGGCCGCCCUUCUACGAAAAGGAUGGAACCAUCUUUGGAAGUAUAGCCCGCAGGGUCCGGGUACUCCUAAGAUCGACCUCGCUCACGUUGCCAUUAAUCCCCAUUCACCAAUAGGCGAUGAUUUCCUCUUCAUCAUGAAGCAACUAGACGGCAGGGACGCAGAUUUCGUGCUUCAUAUCCAUCCAAAUGACAUAGCAUCCCGUUUGACGGAAGUGAACAAGACAACCCCUUCAGAGAAGCAGCAGGAUCACCAACAGGUUAUUCCCCUCAAAUCACAUCCGCGAAAAGCUCCUGUCUUUAAAUGGGCCAAGGCUAAAUGCUCAGGUCGUUCCCACAAAGACGAUAUCUGGGAGCUCAAUCUUGUCAAGGGCGAAAAGGUGAAGGUAUUGCAAGAGCAAGGGGACGUCUGGUGCGUGGUUGAAGAUACAAAGGGAAGGAAAGGAUGGGUUCCGCGUAUCUACCUUGACUUCAAGAUGCGCACUGCAAAUACCCCGGAGGAUGCUUACGCGUUGUGGAAGGAGAAGACGACCAAGGUCUUUAGCGAAGGUAAUGCAAAGUUGUUUCCAGAUCCCUCCUCUUUCAUGGAUCUCUGCACCAAACCCGAAUGCAGAAGGACUAAAAACGAUGGUAUGGUCCUCCAAAUCUGCAUUCACGACCUCGGUAUGUUGUUGGGCGGUUCCGGUCGUUAUUCGUACUCCUUCCUGAAGGAUGAGCGGAACCAAUGGCACCCUGACAAGUUCGCACGAUUCUGCCACCUGAAUCACCGUGAGGAGUUGAAAAAAAAGGCCGAAGAGCUCUUUGUCCUUAUAGGGUCUCUCAUGGACGCCAUGGAAAAGGAAAAGGGAAUCUUUGGCAUCUAG